GAAAUAUAAAAAAAACUAGGUCAGACUUUUGCACCAGAAAGUUUCAAGGCCCAAAUGUUCAAAACUAGUUUCACAGUCGAUCAAAAUUCAACACUAUACCCUAACACUUGUUCAACAAUUUUUUUCUUCUCAUUGGUGUGAAAACGAAGCUAACAGAGUCAUCGGAGGAUGAUUGAAUAUUGACAAGCAGAACAUUACAGAGUAGCUUCACACAUGGAUGUCAGUGGUAAUUCUCUUCCGUCCGCACCUGACGGGGUAAAGAGAAGAGUAUGCUAUUUCUAUGAUCCAGAGGUUGGGAAUUAUUAUUAUGGGCAGGGUCAUCCCAUGAAGCCACAUCGUAUGCGGAUGACACAUGCUCUUCUUGCCCACUAUGGAUUGCUUCAGCACAUGCAGGUCCACAAGCCUUUUCCUGCUAGAGAUAGGGACCUUUGCCGUUUUCAUGCUGAUGAUUAUGUUUCAUUUCUUCGAAGCAUAACCCCUGAAACACAGCAGGAUCAUAUGAGACAACUCAAACGCUUUAAUGUUGGUGAAGAUUGUCCUGUCUUUGAUGGUCUAUACUCUUUCUGUCAAACCUAUGCUGGAGGUUCAGUUGGUGGGGCUGUCAAGUUGAACCACGGUCAAUGUGAUAUUGCUGUCAACUGGGCUGGUGGGCUGCAUCAUGCCAAGAAGUGCGAGGCUUCUGGAUUUUGCUAUGUUAAUGAUAUAGUCCUUGCAAUCUUAGAACUUCUUAAAAUGCACGAGCGUGUUCUAUACGUCGACAUUGAUAUCCACCAUGGAGAUGGUGUGGAGGAAGCUUUCUACACUACCGAUAGAGUCAUGACUGUGUCUUUUCAUAAAUUUGGUGAUUAUUUUCCUGGUACCGGGGACUUGCGUGAUAUUGGAUAUGGAAAGGGAAAAUACUACUCUCUUAAUGUUCCACUUGAUGAUGGUAUUGAUGAUGAGAGUUAUCAUGUGUUGUUUAAACCUUUAAUCGGCAAAGUAAUGGAAGUCUUUAGGCCUGGUGCAGUAGUUCUCCAGUGUGGUGCAGACUCUUUAUCAGGAGACAGGUUGGGAUGUUUUAAUCUUUCAAUUAAGGGUCAUGCAGAGUGUGUCAAAUACAUGAGAUCCUUCAAUGUUCCCCUCUUGCUACUAGGUGGUGGUGGCUACACCAUCCGGAAUGUUGCUCGCUGCUGGUGCUAUGAGACAGGAGUUGCUCUUGGAAUCGAAGUUGAUGACAAAAUGCCAGAGCAUGAGUAUUAUGAAUAUUUUGGUCCAGAUUAUACCCUUCAUGUUGCCCCAAGUAACAUGGAAAACAAAAAUACUCGACUUUUACUUGAUAGUAUCCGAUCUAAGCUACUUGAGAAUCUCUCAAAGCUGCAGCAUGCUCCCAGUGUUAAAUUUCAGGAAAGACCCCCUGAUUCUGAUCUCGGAGAGGAAGUUGAAGAUCAUGAUGAUAGAGAUGAGCGUUGGGAUCCGGAUUCUGACAUGGACAUUGAUGUUGAACGCCAUAUUCUCCCAAGCAAAGUAAAAAGAGAAAUUGUUGAACCUCAGCUCAAUGAUAUGGAGGACCUGAAAAGAACUAGAGAGCAGUUGAGGGCCUCCGAUACUGCAGUAGUUGAAACAAGCGUGAAGGCUUUAGAUAUUUGUUCUCAGCCAACUGAUGAAGAUAGUGUGAAAGAUGAAGAGAAAACUGUGAAUGAUUUGGCCAGAGAGAUGGAUCUGAAGUGAUUGGUGAACUGAUUAUUCAAUGAUCUUUGUGAUUUCACAUUUCCCAAAAUAAUUGAGAUGUGGGUGUUGUUUGGUUCCACUGUCAUCGUUGCUUACAUGCCUAUUGUAAGGCUCUAUAUCACAUGAUGUUACAUUUUGUUCCCAAUAGUAAAAAUAGUAUUCCAGAUA